CGCUGCAAGAAUCCAAGAUGGCCGACGCUCGCCGGACGCUGGACCAUGGCUAGGAUCCCGACGCAAUCGAGUGGAGUGCCUGGAAAGGAUUGAUAGGGAUAAAGGAGGGACUUCCUGGGUGUAGGAGGGGAUUUCCCGUUUCCGGUCAUCCGGUUCUGGACGGAGGAAUAAGAUGGCGGAGGCGGAAAGUGGCCGAAAGACGUGGAGGCGAUUCAACGGGACGACUUUUGGAGGCCCUCUUCUCUCGUUCCUCGGAGAGGAGACGCAGUGCGAUGCCACGACGCGCCGUUAACCCAGUUAGUCUUCUGACCCGGAUUCCACGAUCGGGCCGAGAGCGCCGUCGAAGACGAGGAGAGGAGCCUGCCGAAAAACCAAUUCGAGUUUGACCAACAGCGAAUCCCGGCGUCGCUGACAGAGAGUAAAAGUCGCUUCUCAGGGGCGAGCGAGACCUCGGAGCUCUUAUCCACAUCUAGGUCUUCUUCUAGAGUUAAAUUAAAAAUUACCUCCUGUAUCAAGUAUUACGAAGCAACGUGAAUAAUUAAAAUUCAAAAGAGAAGUCCCUCUAGCGCCUGGAGAACGGAUCCAAGAUGGCGGCGUAGACGCGGAAGCUUCUCCACGCGGCGGCGAAAGAGCCUCCCAAGGAUCUUUUCGAAGGACAUGGGAGGGCAGCGGAGAUCAAGGAGUGUUUUUUCGAAACCCAGAGAGGAGUACUUCACGAUGAGACCCGCCUCGUGGGGGGCCUCCAAAGAGGCGGCGAAAAUCGCACGUGACGCACGGGCCUCGCGGCCGCAUAAAAGUCGCGACGUAAUGUCCACCGGGGCGAGUGGGUCGUCGGGAAGACGGGUGGACGCGUGAAAAGUUCCCUGAGGAACCCGAGGAACUCCUCGAGGAGUCGGAGAAACUCGGUCAAGGCCUGGGUCGAGGCCUAGGUCAAGGCCGGCGGAGCCAGGGUCAAGGUCGCGAGUGGAAUCGGUGCCAAGAAGUGACCUAGAAGACGCAGCGGAGGACGCGGGUCCUCUUCCAGACAAGGAGGAACCUGGAUCACGGAUCCAGGACCUCGAAGAGGGCGCAAGGGGUCGAAGAAACACCAGCGGUCACCAAAAUGGCGCGGGCCCUGAUCGUCCCUCGGCUGCUGCUCGUCACCAUGAUCGUCUCCAUCCAGACGAUCCACAGGGGAUGCAUCGGAGGCGGGAUGCCGACGAGAUCCAAGAAGCUGGGUCGUUUCCUCUCCACCAGGACCUCGAGGCAGGUCCCUGGAUCCACGGGACCCGGCGACGCUGCCGAGACCUUCGUCGACAUGGUGAAGGGAGCGGGGUACGAGGCCGAAGAGCACAACGUCACCACGGAGGACGGCUACGUCUUGUCGCUUCACAGAAUCCCGGGGGGCCCCACGUCCCCGGUGCUUCCGGGGAAGCCGGCAGUGAUCCUCAUCCACGGGCUCUUCGGGGCCUCCGACCUCUGGGUGCUGAGGGGACCCGGGAAAGACCUCGCGUAUCUCCUCGCCGACGAGCAGUACGAUGUCUGGGCCUUGAACACCCGGGGGAACUACUACAGCAGGAGACACAACAACUUGUCGGUGAACGAACCCGAUUUUUGGCGGUUCAGCUGGCACGAGUUCGGCGCCUUCGACACCGCGGCCGUGAUCGACUACGUCCUCUUCGAGACGGGCCUGAAGAAAGUGUCCUUGGUGGGCCACUCCAUGGGGUCCACCAUGGAGUUCGUUCUGCUGUCCACCAGGCCGGAGUACAACGAGAGGGUCAACGUGGUCGUCUCUUUCGCACCCGUGGCGAUCUUCACCCAUCUUCUGCCGGGUCUCGUCAACGCCAUCGGGAUGUACUAUGCGAAGGAGAUCCAGGAUAUCCUGGGAUUACUCAACGUCCACGAGAUCCUACCAAGGAACUCGGUGAACGUCGCCUACGUCAGGUCCGUCUGCGACAGGCCCAGGACUCUCAGGAUCUGCAAGAGGCUCUCCUGCAUCCUCUUCGGCCUCACCAACUGCGAGGAAUUCGACGCGUCUCUCAUCCCUCACCUGCUGAACCACUACCCCCAGGGGACGUCGAUCCAGACCUUGCUGCACUAUCGACAGAUCAUCCUGGCAGGAAAAUUCAAGCAGUACGAUUUCGGACCUGAGAUGAAUUACAUCCGGUAUAAGAACGAGAUUCCCCCGGAGUACCCCCUGGAGAAGGUCAAAGCGCCGGUCGUGCUUUUUUACGGGCAGAACGACGCCUUCACCACGGAGAAGGACGUCAGAGCGAUGCAGUCUAAGCUGCCUAACGCGAGUCCCAGGAGGGUGCAAGUGUCCAGUUUCGGGCACCUGGAUUUCGUCUUCUCGAAGGACUCGAAGCUCGUCCUUUACAACGAGGUCCUGGAGGUCCUGAGCGAGUUCGACGAGGAGCGCAAUGGGACGCGUCCCCGACUUAAGGACCCAUUUAAAGUGUCGACAUAAACAGCCAAUUUAAAGUUGCAUCGAUUGCACCCCAAAGGAUCAUCGAUUAACAGUUUAUAAUGAAGGUCCUCCAGGACGACACGAGCGAGCGGUUUUUUUUUAGACUGCAUUCAUAGCCUGUAAUGGACCCCCAUAUCGAGGUUCUCCAGGACGACACGAGUAAACAGUCUUUUCAAGACUUUCCCAAUUGCAGGAGCGAGUCGCGGCAUUCGAGGACAGUUUCCCUCUCUUUUCGGGCGCCUCUCUCUCUCUCUCUCUUAAGAUACAAGUAUAGGAGCGAAUCAGGCCCUACGAGCGAAUGUGAAUGGGGCCCGCUGCUUGGCGGAGUAUAAAGUGAAAAUGGGCAGUCGGUUCGCGCAAACGCCGCGAGAUUCGCUCGCGACUCGCCGGUAUAGAGCUCGAUUUUUUACCUAAACGCUCUGGAACGUUAUCGGGGAGGAAAGAGUGAAGUAAUCGACCUUGUCUCUACGGCACGCGACCUGGUUGUGUGCACCUCUCGGUGGGACUUUCGAACGCGAGCGACGCCAAGAGGAGUCGCUCUUCGGGAGGACCGGCCAGACCGCGUGGCGGUUCUUCAAGGCCACCCCCGCUCGAUUUUCCGAGUUUCCCCGGGUUUCCCGGGGGACCUCCGCGGUCCCCCUGAACAGGGUCCCCUGAAAUUGCGACGCAGGUCAGGUGGAGGGGCGAAUUUAUCGAAAAUCCGCAACCGGAGAGUGAUAUAUAAACGCAGCGCUCGCGCGACAUCGAGGAGUCCGCGCUCGAGAAUGCUGCCCCUAAGCCUCGUCUGCUUCCCGCUCUUCGUCGUCUCCUUGACGAGCCUCGUAGCCGGUCUUCUGCACCGUGGACUAGGCAGGGCAAACCUCGACGGCAACCCCGAUGCCCUGCUUACCACCGUGAGUUUUUUUCCAAAUCUGCCGAAGCCUCUGCAAGCAGAAACCUCGGUUGACAAGGAGCUCAAUA